CAGAAUUCAUCUUUCUAUCACUUUCUCCACCUUUUGCCUUCUCUCUCUCCCUCCCUUCUACCUCCUCCCCUGUUUUUGCUCUGUUUUCCUCUGUUUCCAUCCCUUUCAAGUUGUCUGAACCAUGGAUGCCCUUGAAGCCAAAACUAAGCCAAACCCAACUCUCAACACAUCCACAUCUUCAUUGAAAACCCAAAUUUGCUUGAAAUUUUUGGCAAUUGUGUCUUCAUUAUCUGCUUUAUGUAUCAUCUUCACUAGCAAGCAAACUAUCAUGCUUUAUGGCUUGCAGAUUGAUGCUAAAUACAGUGACGACUCUAGUUUCAAGUUUUUGGCUGCUGCAAAUGUGAUUGUAUGUGUCUUCUCUGUGGUAUCUCUGGUUGUCGCUGUUGUACUUGCUCGUGAAUGCUCGGACUCAAACAUCUACUUCUACAUGUUCUUGCAUGAUCUGGUAGUGAUGUUGGUGAUGAUAUCUGGAUGUGCGGCAGCGUCGGCAAUAGGAAAAGUGAGUCAGUACGGGAAUACUCACACUGGCUGGCUGCCCAUUUGCGACCACUUUGCCAGAUUCUGUCACAGAUCCACCGUUGCUGUCAUCCUCUCUUACUUCUCUUUCCUUGUUUAUUUGCUUCUCACAAUCUUCUCUGCCAACAACUUGAAGAAUUUUAUUCCAGUUUGAAAGCUUUUUUCUUUUCUUUUCUUUUCUUUUCUUUUCUUUUCCUUUCUGUCAGUUGAAAGAGAGAGAGAAAAAAGGCUAUUGAAUGUUUUGGGAAUUAAUGUAAUCUGCAUCUUUUGAACUUUGAGAUGAAUCUCUCUGUACUUUCUUUCUUAGAAUAAGAAACUACUUUAUGCAAA